AUUGUCCGCCGAACAUCCUUGCACUAACUGAAAAACGAAAACAAAACCCCAGCCAAACAGCUGACCUAGGGUUUUAGAAUCAAUAAUGGCAACAGGACUAAGAUUUUUCACAGAGAGAUCAGACGCCGGCGAACCUCUUCUCGACGCCGACAACGGCGAGGAGCUUAUGCACGUCCAACCGGCCGUCGCUAUUGUUCUCGCCAGCCACCCUCCAGAGUCUCCCGGCACUCUCUAUAUCUCCACCAAACAAGUGAUAUGGUUGAGCGAUACUGAGAGGACCAAAGGUUACGCAGUUGAUUUCUACUCGGUGUCUCUUCACGCAGUGUCUAGAGACCCUGAAGCAUAUACAUCGCCCUGUAUAUAUACGCAGAUUGAUACAGGAGAUGAAGAUGCUGAUGAAUCAGAAAGCUCUGAUUCUGAAUCUAAUGAGACGUUGGAUUUAUCAAAGAUUACCGAGAUGAGGCUAGUGCCUUCAGAUCCUAAUCAACUGGAUGCUCUUUUUGAGGUGUUUAGUGAGUGUGCAGAGCUAAACCCUGAACCUGUUGAAGAGGAAGAAGAGGAGCACAAUUGGGUUUUCAGUGCCGAUCAGACGGGACUUGAAAUGGGUUUAGAUGAAGUUGAUCCGGAAUGGGUUUCAUCACAAACCACAAUUGGUCAUGUGAAUGGAAAUAGUGACCUAGCUCACAGUGUGCUUGAGCUUCAAAUAAAUGACCAAAGGUUUGAGGACGCCGAUGAAAUGGAAAGCAACAACCGCAAUGGUGGCCGUCAAUGAUCAUCUUUGCUUCUACAUUUACAUACCAAAAAUUAAGUUUACAUGAGGUUUUCAGUUAAUAUGUAAGGUCAACUAUUCAAGUCUAGCAUGUUGUCUGUAGUUUGUAAGCCUAUUGCUCUUACAUCUAAUUUUUGACUCUUUUUUAGAACAUCUGGUGCUUUGGCUUUUCUUUUUGUGUGUUUUAGACUAAACAAAAUCUUGUUUUUAUAAUGUUGUUUCCUACAAAAAAAAUAAUU